UAACACAAUUGAGCUCUCAUACAAUUUUCUACCAUUAAAACCCAAUCUUCCAUUCAUUUUUGCAUAACAUUCAACUUAUUAUGGCUCUCAAACCCCUCUUGGUUCUCUUCCUUCUACUCAUUGUCCCUUUUUCUUCAGGCAUGGUUGAAGGCUUCAGGGAAAUCACGAAUCCAGAUUACUCGAUUCACAAGGUGAAAAUGGACGGCAACCAAAUGAACAGCAGGAAACUUCUGGUGGAGGUGCUGGACUACGAUGACACAGGACCUAACCCCAAACAUGAUCCCAGAAAGAAAGGAGGAAGGCCUUAAUUAAUUCAUUAUUUUAUAUGUUAUAUAUUAUAAAUAAAUCUAUAUGUAAUCUCUAUAAAUAGGGUUUACCAUGUAUGAGAAGAAGUUUCAUUGUAUUUUCAAAUGAAUUUCUUGAGUAUAAUAUAUAGUUUUAUAUUACAUCCCUAUUUCGAAGGGGUCUAGUAUAUUUAACA